UUACCAUAGUCUGUGUCCCAGAUACGACUCUUGGAGAAGCGCAAUUGACUUGUUACAGCAUCCAAACGUAUGAAGGAGUCCUUCAGAAAAUACUAUACUCGGAUGUAUAUUUUGCAGGACAAUGCCAGAGUGCUCCCAGGAGUGUUUUUAACGGUAUGCGGAAUGGAUUGAAGCAUUCCUCACCCUUGGUAGCUGUUCCAUCAGCUUGAAUUUCAUAAAUCGCUGCUCCUACUUAACCCUCAUGAUGGUCACUUUUGACUUACAUCCGAUAUCACACCAGGGAGAAAUCUCUCGAGGAUUUUAUUGGUGGAUUUGGAAAAGGCCGAACCCCAGAGAUGGAAAUUGAGACUUGCAGAGGCAUGUUUCAUGACUCGGUUAGGACCUGGCGCUGUCGGUUAAUUUGUUCCUCUUCCUCUCCCCUCUCCUCCCCGGAGGUCACUUCGUGGGAAACAAAAGGUGGAAGCUGUAUAAAGUUUGGAACUACUGGUCAAAAUGUCAGACCAAAGCACGGCUUCUAACGCCUCAAAACAGAAUGCUUUCGUUGCUGAUCAAGUUGGCGGUUUAUGCGGCUACCGUGACAGCACAGGUAGAUAGCUCGUCACCGUUCUCGUUUACUGCAAAUGGCAACCCAAUUUUAUCUAAUGGGUCGUGGUACUCUGGUGACCCUGCCCCGUUGGUCGUCAAUGACACGCUGUAUAUUAUCACGGGACGCGACAGCGCACCUCCGGAUGAGAAUGCCUUCGUGAUGAACCAAUGGGGGAUGUUCGCCUCAUCAUCCGCAAAGCCAGAGGGGGGUACAUGGACGUUGUAUCCCGACGUCGCCGACCCUCGGACAGUGUUUGCGUGGGCCGAAUCCGGCAGCGCGUAUGCUGCGCAAAUUGUCCAGGGUCCUGAUAGCCGAUUCUACUUUUACGCUCCGGUGACCCAGGCCGAUAGCGCCAAUGAAGAUGCAUUUGCGAUCGGCGUGGCCGUCUCGGACUCUCCAAUGGGCCCUUUCCAGGAUGCUCAUCCCUCGGGCCCGAUCAUCUCCCAGUCGGUGCCACCCCCCGGCAACACCAUCCAGAACAUCGAUCCGACCGUGCUGGUCGAUGACGAUGGACAGGUGUACAUCUAUUUUGGGACUUUUGGGCAGCUGCUUGGCUAUCAACUCGACCCGGAUAUGGUUACAGUGACAUCGAAUGUGACGCAAGUGACCAGUCUGACGGGUUACUUUGAGGCGCCCUGGUUGAUGAAGCGGCAGGAUGUGUACUACAUGCUGUUCGCAGCAAAUAAUGCCGGGUCUGAUUCACCCUGUACGCCAACCUCCUAUCACGCCUGUAUAGCCUACGGAACGGCGUCGUCUCCAAUGGGCCCCUGGACGUUCCAGCAUGUAAUUCUCCCGAUUGUAUCCUCCACUACUUCUCAUCCGGGGGUGGUCGAGUGGAAUGAUGAAUGGUAUCUGGUAUACCACACGGCCGACGCCAUUGGAGGAGGUCACUUUCGCCGUAGUGUCGCCUUUGAUAAGCUCACCUGGGACGAUAGUCAAACCCCUGCCAAAAUCCAUGUUGUGCAACAGACCUUCGGGCCUAAGCCGCCAGUCCCGCCCACUUACAAUGUCGCCCCGCAAGCGGUGGCAAGUUCUGGGCACCCGACGCCGAUCCAGUACUGGGUACAGGCCUUGAAUGAUGGAAUUAUUCGAGAGAACCCUUUACCGCCAGAUUACUGGAGCUCCUACGAAGCGACAGACUCCCCUCAAACAAGCACGCUCGUUUAUUCCUGGAACGAAGCGGUCCAGCUUAAUGGCACAUCGAUGGUGUUCUUUGCCGACCAAGCUGCUGGAGCUAAUGAAGGCGUUGCUCCUCCCCAGGAGUGGUACAUUGAGUACAAGGAUGCUUCAGGUACAUGGCAACGGGCUAUGAACACCUCGUCGUAUCCCCUCGAAGUAACCGACACGCCCGAUGUGGUGCCAUUCGAAACGGUGGAGACUGUCUCAAUCCGCGCCAUCUUAGUUGCGUCUGGUGCCCAGGGACAAUAUGCCGGUGUUGGUGUGAAAGAAUGGGAGGCUUUGUCAACCACCCUGCACUCGUAUUGAAUACAGCUUGUAGUAUAUUGAACAGUAGUGUAUACAGUCAAGAACA